AUGACGCCCUCCAACGGUGUCAAUAGUGUCAACGGUGUGAAUGGCGUCAACAGUUUGAAUGGUGUCGCCAACAAGACCAAGCCGACCACCCGUCGCGUCCCCGCCAAGGUGGUGGUGCCUGCACUGCCCCUUAACUACCCCCAGCGCCCGCUCAAGACUACGACCACAGUCACAAAGGCUACUGAGGUCACGUCUCCGACUUCGAAUCCCCAGUCUAUCGCUCCCCAGCCGACUGCUGAGAAGCUGGCUCAAGAUGUGAUCGGCAAGCCAGCAUCAUCCGACCUGGCCCUAGGGCCCUCCAAGAAGCUGAAUCCCACAGCUCCCGCCAUCUCCUUCAAACAAGACCCCGCGAGCGAGCCAUCUACGGCCUCUGUUGUCGCUGAUGAGCGAGAGAAGGAUACCCCCCCGGUCUCUUCAGCUCUCCCGAAGCGCAUCAAUUCUCCGGCUCGUCAGCGUCCCCCAGGCCCCGCUAACCCCGCACCUGAAGCCCAGACGGCGCCUGGCGGUGUCAUUCCCGAAGCUUCCCAUCCCGCCCCACACCCCGCCGCACUCAUGAACCGUCCAGCCUUCCAUCAGCCCCACCCCAGCAACGGCAGCUUGGUCUUUGGCGGCAUUCAUGACUCCAAUGCCUCGUCGCCGGCUCCUCGCUCUGGCAGCUUCCCCCCGCCGGGCCUGCUGCCGUAUCCCCCGGUUACCGGUGUAGACGGUUAUGGCCGUCCCUUGGUCGACGGCUACCCGCCGAAUCUUGCUGCCAGCCACCACGGUCCCCCAACACCCCACAGCUUUCAGGGCUCUCAGUCGUCGGUCCAGGCUGAUGAGCAUGCUGUCUUCAACCACUACCCCGCUGUCAACGGCCACAAUGGGUACCCCGUCGAUCCUACUGCGCAGGCUCCUAUUCCCGUUCUCGGUCUCCACCCCCCCAUGAACGGCGUCAGCUCUGUUGCUGCUUACCAGUCCGUCCGCAUCCAGGACGAAGCUCUCUUCUUCCUGCGUAAUGGCUUCCCCGACGAUACUUGGAAUGACUGCGUGAUCAAGGUUCGCUUUGCCGACAGCCCCGAGUUCCGCGUCCUCGCAACUGGUCACCGCUUCAUCUUCUCGCGCAGCCCUACUCUUGCUACGGUCAUGAAGGCUCAGCGGACGAUGCCCGGCAGUGAGAUCUUCCUCGAGGCUCACGAUAAGUACAUUCGGCCAGAUGUCAUGUGGUAUGCGCUUCGUACGCUCUACGGCUGGCCCAUUGCCGAAGGCCCCCUCCCCAGUGAGCUACAGCCGCGGGAUGUUCGUGACGACUUUGACACGGCUCUGAGCUAUUUGGCUACCGGUCGCUUCUUGCGUCUUCCCUGGGUUCACGCAGUCGGUUCCGCGCGUGCCAGCUACCUCCUCUGUUGGGACACCAUCGAGCAGGCCGUCAAGUUUGUAUCGCAGGCCGUUGCCCUGUCUCCUCGUGAUGACGGGUUUGGUGUGUCGGAGCUUCUGUCACACGUUUUAGACUUCCUGGUUCACCAUUUCCCGACCAACCUGGUUCUCGAUACCAACGCCGGCGAUCUUGGUUUCUCGCGUCUCCCGCCGGUCCCAAGUCAAAAGUCUGCCACCCCGCCAAUUGUUAACGGCACGUCGCACAGCCGCCAGCCCUCGGUCGCCCAUAUCCCCAAAAACCCACGGCUGUCAGCCAACCACCGUCUAUCCCAGAUCAAGUUCGGCGACAUCUCGCCGCUCAACGGUGCUAACAACAACCCCAACGGCAAGGCUGCUCCGUCCGAAUCGGUCCAGUCCCCGCGUGCCCCGUCACCGAACGACACACUCUUCUCGCGCAUCCUGCUCAACCUGCCGUUCGAGCUCCUCAAGCAGGUGCUGGAGCACCCUAACCUAGGCAAGCUCAACGGCGAGCUGUCGCCUGUAGCCAGGCAGAGCAUCAUCUCGGACAUUAUUGCGGAGCGCGAGGCGCGGCGGAUGCGCACGCUCGAGAAGGUGGAUCACCCGCAGCUCCGGACGUUCCAGGACCGGUUGGAUAAUGCGGGUGCACCGCUGGUGGUCAGCUGCAUCGAGGACUUCUGGGUCAACAGCAUGGGCUUCAAGGAGGAGGUAUUCUCUGGCGACCUGCCGUAUUUGGUUCACACUUGGACGCAGGGGAGUGCGUCAAGUGUUGGGCCGUAA